CGACUGCUGCUGAAAAUACUGUGUGAAUAAGCCGCGUGUAUGUGCGUGAAGAGCUUGUGUAAGCCAUGUCGGUAUCAGUGAUCAUAAAGUGGGGAGGACAGGAGUUCUCCAUCAAUUCUCUGUCUGAGGAGGACACAGUGAUGGACCUAAAACAGUCCAUUAAGACUUUGACUGGAGUGUUGCCAGAGAGACAGAAACUUCUUGGACUGAAGAUCAAAGGUAAACCUGCAGAGGAUGAAGUGAAGCUGGGUUCUCUGAAACUAAAACCUAACACCAAGAUUAUGAUGAUGGGUACCAGAGAGGAAAGUUUGGAAGAUGUUUUAGCCCCUCCCCCUGAAAAUGAUGAUGUCGUCAAUGAUUUUGAUAUUGAGGAAGAGGUUAUAGAAGUGGAGAACAGAGAAGAGAACCUGGCUAAAAUAGCUCGAAGAAUAAAAGAAUAUAAAGUAGAGGAACUGAACCCUCCUAGAGAAGGCAAGAAACUCCUGGUGUUGGAUGUGGACUACACACUGUUUGACCAUAAGUCAUGUGCGGAGACGGGUCAGGAGCUGAUGAGACCAUACCUUCACGAGUUUCUGACAUCAGCCUAUGAGGACUAUGAUAUUGUCAUCUGGUCUGCAACAAGUAUGAAAUGGAUAGAAGCCAAGAUGAAAGAAUUAGGAGUGACAGAUAACCCAAAUUACAAGAUUACGUUCAUGUUGGAUAGUGCAGCUAUGAUCACGGUACACACCCCAAAAAGAGGGGUGGUGGAGGUGAAGCCAUUAGGUGUGAUAUGGGGGAAGUACGAAACAUUCUACAACAGGAAGAACACCAUCAUGUUUGAUGACAUUGGACGAAACUUCCUCAUGAAUCCACAGAAUGGACUAAAGAUCCGACCUUUCAUGAAGGCCCAUCUCAAUAGAGAGAAGGACAGAGAGCUCUAUAAACUGGCUCAGUACCUGAAAGAGAUCUCCAAGCUUGAUGACAUCAGCGGACUGAACCACAAACACUGGGAGAGGUACUUAUCCAAGAAGCUGCACCAUUGA